CGGAGUGGGUGGCGGGUGGUGGCUGGUGGGGUGGUGGUGAUCGAAAAAGAGGUCAACAGGGGUUUGAGCACUGGCCAUCUCUCCACUGACUCCUUCCACUUCCCCCAACAGUAACACUCCUAUCCUCUCAUCUCCUAGUAACAUUGACCAUACUCAUACUUCCUUCAACAAGAGAGAGAGAACCUUAGAAACAAAAUGACAAACAAUAACAAUCUCGGAAUCCACUCUAGUCUCAACCUGUAUAUCUCCGACCAAGCGUAUGUGCUCACAUCAGCUACCGACAACCAGAGUCAAUCAUUGACGAUCAAUCGGAAAGACAGUCAGAUCUCGCUCUCGUCGCCAGGUCCGCCAGAGAAAUUCGACCGAUUGGUUAAUAAUGUGGCCGGUCUUUUAGGGAUCAUACGGUUGAUGAAGUCGGACUAUUUGGUCCUGAUCCAAUCGGCCCGCAAGGUGACGAAUGUAUUCAAGACGGCAGUAUACACGCCGAGCAAGUUUGCAGUGUAUCCGAUCUCGCUGGAGCCGAACCUCAGCAUCCUAGAGAACAGCGACGAACGAUAUCUGCUCUCGGUCCUCAAGGCCCAUCUCGACCAUGCGCUUGACAAAACCUUCUUCACGUAUCUCUCCAAGACUCAUCCCAACGAUCCCGAGCCUUGGAAUCUCACCAACUCACUCCAACGACAAGGCUCGAUCACCAAACAAAAUAAGCAGGCUGAUGGAGCGGUCUCUGAUGAGCAGCAGGAGCAGCCGCCGUGGAAGACUUCUGAUGAUCGCUUCUUUUGGAAUAAGUUCAUUCAGACUAGGUUUAUUGAACUCGCUUCUCAGCCGAAUGGCAAUCAGGCUAGCAAGUUCAUUUUACCGGUGAUUUUUGGAUUCUUAGAAUUCAAAUCAGCCGUGAUCAAAGGGAAACGAUUCACAUUUGGGAUAGUAUCCCGAAGAUCGCGAUACCGAGCAGGGACGCGGUACUUCACACGAGGGAUCAAUUCCGAAGGGGAUGUUUCGAACUUCAAUGAGACCGAGAUGAUCAUGACCACGUUCCCUCCCAACUACAAUACUCAAGCUAAUGGUCCAACGGAUCCUGGUAAUGGGAGAAGCUUCGUUAAGGCUGGCUUCGUUCAAACUCGUGGCUCGGUACCCCUCUUUUGGACUGAGAUUAAUAACUUGAGGUAUCGUCCGGAUUUAAAAAUCAUCGAUCUACCCGAAUCAUUGGAAGCUAUGAAGGCACAUUUCGACCAACAAGUCUCGAUCUAUGGUGAUCAAUAUUUGUUCAAUUUGGUGAACUCUAGUGGCUAUGAAAAAGCGGUGAAAGACGGCUAUGAAAGAGCAGUCAAAGAGUUAAAUAAUCCGAGAGUUCAUUACACCUAUUUCGAUUUCCAUCAAGAAUGUAAAGGCCUCAGAUUCGAUCGAGUGCAGAUCUUGAUCGAUCAAUUGCACGAUCAAUUGGUCGACCAAGCGUAUUUCUUUCAAGAGUUCUCGGCGGGUCCUAGCUCUAACCCGGCUUCAAAAGUGCAGAAAUCUGUUGUUCGAACUAAUUGCAUGGAUUGUCUUGAUAGAACUAAUGUUCUCCAGUCUGCUCUGGCUAAAUGGGUUUUGACUUUUCAAUUGAAACAAGCUGGGAUACUGGAAGAAAAUGAGAGCUUAGAUAAAUAUCCUGAUUUCAUGUUCUUAUUUCGUAAUCUAUGGGCGGACAAUGCGGAUGGAGUAUCGAAAUCGUAUUCAGGAACGCCAGCCUUGAAGACGGACUUCACACGACUAGGCGUCCGAACCAAGAAGGGAGCGUUCGAUGACGGGGUCAACAGCUUGAUGCGAUAUGUCAAGAAUAACUUCAUGGACGGACCUCGCCAAGAUUCCUAUGAUCUGUUCACCGGUGCUUGGCGUCCUCCUGUCUCGGACGACCCUCAAGCUACUCAACCACUCCAUGAUCAGCAUCUCUUUAAGGGCCCUUAUGAUCACCAUCUUAUUCAGGCUAUCGUGCUCGGUUUCGUGAUUUUUUUGCUGAUUUUUAUAUCUGCAACGUUUACCCAAAAACGAUCACUAAAAUUAGCGAUAAUCUCACUAAUAAUUUUAAGUUUAAUCACCCGAUAUAUCUUCCAACAUGGGAUGGAAUUUGUGAACCAACCGCGGCUGAAGGGCUCAACCACUAAUGCGACCAGACAUCGGAUCCUGUCAUACAAUGGCCCGAGUUCCCGGAUCUUCCAGUCUUCUCAACAUGGAAGAACGAAGAUCAACUUCGAUCUGUUUGAUCACUUCGUCUCUCUUCUCUCUACUAAUAACCAUCAUCAUCUUAAUCCUCCUCCGCCCCAUAGUAGUUCUACGGCCGCUCCUCCUCUCAGCUCCUCCAUCAGCGGUCCUAAUCAAUCUCAUGUUCUUGAUGAGGAUAAAAAGAAACGAUUGGAUUGAUCUUUUGAUCAUUUGUUUUUUUUACUCUUUUCGAUUGUAUGAUUACCUUCUUCAUUAUCUUAAUUUAUCAUCCAUCUUUGUAUAUGCCAUGAUUGAGUGAUCCUAUUCUCCAUUCACUCUGGUCCUUUUUUCUUUGUGUCAGAUAAUAAUGCUCUUCGAGAUACGUUUGUUUCUUUGGUGAUCAUUUGUUUUUGCUUUAUAUUUGUCUGAUAUUUAUCAUCAUAGAUUGCAGCCAGUUUUUCCGUUAUUUUUGUGGCACAAAAUAUGCAUUUUUUCUUUUAAUGGCAUUUUAAGUAGAGAGAGA